AUGUCAAUUUACCCGCCAAGAUACAUGCACAUUGACGUUCUGUUUGCGAAUGAGAAGACUUUUCGUAAAAGUAGGAAUAUUUUCCUAACACCUGAUGUUUAUAGAAAUAGUGAUCAACAGAAUAAUAUGCCAAGAAUAAGGAUAGGCGUCAGGCACGAAGAGGACAGAUCCGUUGCUGAUCCUACAACACUCCCCAAUUGUAGUAGAACUCUUCUUUACAAAUUUGUUAACCCAUAUGGAAUGGGGUCUGAAUUAGGUAUCUAUAGUAUGGCUGCGGUCGUAGCCUCAGCCUUCAAUUACACAAUCAUCAUAGAUGAUUCUGCUUGGGUAUAUGGAAGACUAGAGGACACAACACGCACCUUGUUUGAGAAUGUCGGGUGGGACCAACCGGAUCAUGUCUACGUAGAUUGGGACGAUAUGGGUCGUAAAGGGAUCACACAAUAUCUAUUGGGACUAGUCGAUCGCCGUACACUUAAUAUACAUUCUGUCUGGAACCUUAUAAAUCAUCGAGAACAAAGAACGGUCUUACCUGCAACUCAAAAUCUACAUUACUCCAUGAAGUCAUUAUUUGAUGCAAGAUCAGAAGCGUUACGACGUAUUUGGCGACCCAACAAGAGGAUCUUGGAUGAAAUAAUCUCCAUGAAAAAGGAUCUCAAUGACAAAAUGAUAGAAUCCCUCAAUUCGGAAAGUCGGAAAUCGAUUUCAAAAUCAUCUAUCCUCAACUUUGGUCUAGAAUCACCUAUGUCAAGAAGAUUAAUUUCUAUACAUUUCAGAUUAGGAGACAAGAAAGUAGAACAUGAAAGUUGGACGCCUUCAGCCAAGAUAGGAUUAGUAUCCUCCUUUGCAAAACCCAAACCAUUCUUUGACAUCGUUAGGUCUUUUGUACCUAAUUGGAAAACCUCUGAAGACUUACCUGCGGUCUUUGUUUUUUCAGAUGAUGCAAAGACCGCAAUAAGCACAUUUGAAGAUUAUCAAUCUUUUUAUUAUCCUUCCCAACGUUUUCCCUUGCUAAGCUCUCCCAAAGGUGGAGAGCUUGCUGAUGGUGGUCAUAAUCAAGAAAUGUUUGACAAAGCACCACUCGAGCUCAGACAAAAUCUUACAGUCGCAUUGAUUAGGGACAUGACCUUUGCUGUCGAUAACUCUGAAGCUGUCGUCUGUAGCUCUGAUGCCAUUGGGCCAGAGGCAUCAAUCCGGAGUGUGGACUUGCGAUGGCAUCCAACUGCAUUGGCAAAUGAGUUUACCGAGAUGGGUCUGGACAUGAUCAAGAAUCGAACAGAAAUUUUAAAAAUGGCGCCUAUCUUGGCAGCUGAAGAAAAUAAUUAUAUAGAUCUUUGA